UAAAAAGAGAAAAAAAAACAAAACCCUCGCUUUCGUCUUGCUUUCGCUUUCAUCCUCCAUUUUCAAGCCACAUCAUCCCCUCUCACAAGCCAUGCCCACCGACGAUCCCCCUCGGACUUCCGCCCCCGUUGAAGUCCGGGGCGUUUGGUCUUCCAAUCUCGACCAUGAAUUCAAGCUGAUCAGUUCUGUAAUCGAUCUCUUUCCAUUCGUCUCCAUGGACACGGAGUUCCCCGGCGUCAUCGUUCGUUCCCUCUCUGGACUUCCUGACCCCCCUCAAUCUCCCUCUGCCGUCAACUACGUCCUCCUCAAGGCCAAUGUCGACGUCCUUAACCUCAUCCAGAUCGGCCUUACAAUCUCUGACGCCGACGGUAAUCUUCCCGAUUUUGGCACCGGCAAGCGCUACAUCUGGGAAUUCAACUUCAGGGAUUUUGACGUAGCCCGUGACUUUCACGCCCCAGACUCGAUCGAAUUACUUAGGCAACAAGGGAUUGAUUUCGAUAAGAACAGGGAGCUCGGGAUCGACUCUCUCCGGUUCGCUGAAUUGAUGAUGUCGUCUGGACUCGUUUGCAAUGAGUCAGUCAGUUGGAUCACAUUCCAUAGCCCUUACGAUUUCGGGUACCUGGUUAAGAUUCUGACUCGGCGUGAUUUGCCAUCCGAGUUAGACGAGUUUCUAACUCUGGUGGGGACCUUUUUUGGCGCUAAUGUUUAUGAUGUGAAGCAUAUGAUACGCUUCUGUGCCAGCUUGUAUGGUGGGUUAGACCGUGUUGCCAAGUCUCUGGGGGUGGACCGGGUUAUCGGAAAGUCUCACCAGGCCGGUUCAGAUAGCUUGCUGACGCUGCAUGCCUUUAAGAGGAUCAUGGAGGUUUAUUUGGGGAAAGAUGGACCAGAAAAGUACGCCGGCGUGCUCUAUGGGUUAGAGGUUUCUUGAAUGUCUAAACUUCUGCAUAUCGUAGUUAUGUACAAUCCUUGGCAUAUCAAUAAUAUUAGUUCAAUUUGAUCCA